GCCUGAGGUUUGGAGGCGGCCUCCUACAGGAAGCGACUUGAGACCUAAGAUUUUUAGACUGACUAUGGGUUCGCUGGAAUAAAAAGGAAGAAACAAACAGCAUUGCAGCCAUCGGGACUGUCACAUGUCCCCUUAAGAGUGAACGCACCUUCACGCCUAACCCCGGAAAUGGGAUGUUGACCUCCAAGAGCUGACACCUGCGUUGAUCUUGAAAGGAAGAGUGGCAUUAGUGAUGUGGAAAAGGGGGUUUUAACUGUCAAGGCUGGAAAAUGUGACAGGGUUGGAGGUGUUUGGAGAAGGGACAGAUUUGAUAAGAUCAAAGCUGCAGGAAAAUGGACAGUGAGGUUCAGAGAGAUGGAAGGAUCUUGGAUUUGAUUGAUGAUGCUUGGCGAGAAGACAAGCUGCCUUAUGAAGAUGUCGCAAUACCACUGAAUGAGCUUCCUGAACCUGAACAAGACAAUGGUGGCACCACAGAAUCUGUCAAAGAACAAGAAAUGAAGUGGACAGACUUAGCCUUACAGUACCUCCAUGAGAAUGUUCCCCCCAUUGGAAACUGACACUUGGCUCCUUUCUUGUAUAUGGAUUUUCUAAAAGCACACAGAUAGAGCAUGUUUUGUUUCAGUUUCCUAAAUCAAAUCUUUGAGUAAUAAAUCAGCACUCAAAAAUGUAUACCCAUUUAGUUUGUGGUAGCAAAGUGCGUUGUGAAAAUGUUCACCAGAAUGAGAAACUGAGAUUUCUCAGUAAUGGUGAAUAUUUGGCUCUUUAAACCUAAAACUCUUCAUUGAGUAGCUUGUAUUUGAACAAGACUGAUUAAACAUUUGCCUUUACCUCUGAUUUUGCUUUACUGUCAAAGUUUAACACCUUCCGACUACUUAUGUGUGUCCUGUAACACAGGGGAUUGAACGUGUGAGAGGAAAAGGCAAAGGAAAAAGGAAGCCAGACACUGGGAGAGUUACUAACUUCUCAUACUUCCCCACAUUGAGAAGUGUUCAGAGUGUAUUUAGCCUGUAGAUGUUGUGAUAUGCAAAUAUCCCAUUCCCUGGUUACUGGCAUUCCUAAGAUUCUUCAUGGUAUUUUCAAACUUUGGAUAAAUUUACAGAUUAGAAAGAUAUCUGACAGUUACCUCUGUUCUCCCUACAACUUCUUUUUGUGCUGCUAGAAAGGAUCUUUGGCUAGGUGGACCACUAGUUUUAUUCAGUAGUGACAUUUCUUGUUUUCUCAAAGUCCUUUCAGUUAUAACCACCCCACUAUGGAAUCAGUAUUUAGUUACACAUUUGUAUAAGAACCUGUAUUUUGAAAAACACAUUUGUGUAUAUUUCCUGGAAUUAUUUGCCUGUUAAGCAGUGUCUUUCGUGUGCUCUCCCCAGAUGGUAAACGCUGUAAGAAGCAGCCCUGGCUGCCUGUAUCUGUAUCCCUUGUUGAAACUCUGAAAACACUGAAUAACUAAAAUCUCUUCUCAUCCUUUU